AUGACGCUUAUUAAGGACGACGACGACUUGCUAGGCACUCUUAAGAAGACUAGAGACGAAGAGAAGCUAGCUAAGGCUAAAAAAGAGAAAGAGGAGAAAGAAGCUCAGAAGCGCGAGACUCAGCUAGAUAGCCCGCUAGACAGCGACGACUACCGCUCAGACAGCAGCUCAGACAUUAACCCUAAGGAUAACUCAGAGGACGAGGAGGCAACGACAGCAAAGGACCUUGCUAGAGAACAAAAGGAAAGGCUUAAAGCCUUAUUAAACGCUAAUCUCUCUGCAAGAGUAGAGACAGCAAUAGAACACUGCACUCUAGAAGAGUAG